UGGAUGGAUGAAUCCAAUCCAAUCUGAAAAUAAACACACACAUAGUGGACAGUGGUGGACUAGUGGACCGGAGCGACCUGAAGCCAAAUCGGAGGCAGUUUGCUUUGGGAGACCGACCGACGAACCGACGAGUACGAUCCGACAAAAAGAUUUUAUUCAACGAAAUCGUAUUAUUUUGGAAAAUGUAUUCAGUGCAGGGGCGACAUUCGCAUUUGCGGCAACGAAACCGACAGCCAUAGCGACUGUCAUCGCCCAACACACACUCGCACACCCACUCGCACGCACCCACUCGCCGUUCAUUCACACACCGCCAACACCACCACCACCACCACCACCAAACAAAGCCUCGCACUUAGCCGGAGAAAGCAGGCGAAAGUGGAAAGAAAGUGCAGUAGAAAGUGCAAGCCAAGGCGCCAAAAAAAAUAAAUUAAAUAAAAUAAAAUAAAUAAAACCUUCAGAGUAACAGUGACUUGUGUGUUUUAGAAGGCUGCUAGUGAGAAUGCCAAAAUUAGUGACUUACAUCUUCAUCGUCAGCUCGCUGGUGCUCUGGUAUCUGCUGCUCUUCGGAGGCGGCACUAGGGGCGGUGCCGGUGGCUGGGGCAUGGGCGUGGCGGCCACCAACGGUCACGGGGGUCAGCUGGAGGGUAGGGACUUUCACCAUCACGGCGGCAGUCAUCACAUAAGGCGCAACAUUAAUCACUGUUGGCGCCGCUACGAUGGCUACAAUCUCCAGAACACGGUUGUCAAUAAGAAGGAACAGCUGAAGAAGCCCUACGGCAUAUUGUGCAACUUCAAGUGCACCUGGUUCUUCACCACCAGUUUUCCCACUUGCGAGUUCAUCUACGAUUAUAAGUUAUCCUGCGUGCUGUUCACUUCGCUGCCCGACUGUACCAACGUCAAGUGUACGCUCUUGAAUUAUUUUGAGUAGACUAAGUGUAUUUAUUUUCAGUGCAGUUCUAAGCUCUCUUUUUUUUGUUCUCUGGUUUUUGUUUUUUUUUUUUUUAAUAUAGCAUAAGUCUGAUUAUUUGGUAAAUUUUAUAUCAUGUCUGGGGGAUUAAUAAUAAAGAUAAAAGAAAACAUUAAUUUAUGAAAA